GUCCCGCUAAAAUUUCUCAGUCCAGACCCGUCGCUCGCCCGCGAAUUUUUCUCUCGCUUAUUCUUGAAAUUUCACUCAAAUUCCUCUUUAUACUAUCAUAAGCAAAGUAUAUUUAUACCUACAGGCUUUUUUUCAAAAUUCAUCUGUGCUUGGUGGCAUUAGUUAUGGUAUAGUUCGGGUUUGAGUUUCAUAUCCGCCACGUUUCUCGAAACCGUUUCCUCGGUGCUUCCGUUCUAGUCAUGUAGCCGCGUGCGCCUCGUUUUCUUCUUUCUUUUUUUUUUUUGAAUAUUCGUGGUUAAGUUUUUAGUGUGACUGUGUGUGAAAAUUGUGCGAUGGAUGUUCAGACCGUCAGCGCAGAUUCAGCUUUCGAGUUCCAUGGAGCGAUUGUUUAUCCAAAAAGAGCCACAACUGAGCAGUUACAACAGAUUUUCAACAAGUAUGCAACUGUUGAAAAAGAUGGAGAGUUGUAUAUGACUGAUGGUGACUUUAUCCAAACAUUCCUGGGUGUACUGCCACCGGAAGCCAAUGCAAAUCCUGAAUCUGUCAAACUUUUGGCUGGAAUCGUCGAUACCAGCAAAGAUGGACUCAUAUCAUUUUCCGAGUUCCAAGCUUUCGAAGGUUUGCUCUGCGUCCCAGAUGCCUUGUACGAAACAGCGUUUCAGCUGUUCGACCUCAAUGGUAACGGGAUGAUCGGUUUCAAGGAAUUUUGGGAAGUAAUGAAAAAAACAGAACUUCAUCACAAAAUGCCUUUAAAUCCAGAUAGUGAUUUUUUAAAAUUAUAUUUUGGUAAAGAUAAGAACAGGGUUGUGAAUUAUUCAGAGUUUAGCCAGUUUCUUCAUGAUUUUCACGAAGAAUGUGGUAUAGAAGCAUUCCGCCAGUUUGAUAAAUCAGGCUCAGGGUUCAUCACUGCUUUAGAUUUUCAAAAUAUUAUGCUCUUAGUCAAAAGUCAUCUGCUCACAAAUGAAGUUAAAGAUAAUUUAGUGGCUAGUGCCGGACAAGGAGGGCACAAAGUGAGCUUCCCCUACUUCAUGGCUUUUACAUCUCUUUUAAAUAACAUGGAAUUAGUCAAAAGAAUCUAUUUAAACGCUACUCAAGAAAAUAGAGAACAAGAAGUCACGAAAGAGGAAUUUCUAUACUCAGCACAAAUGAUGUCUCAAAUCACACCCCUAGAGGUGGAUAUCCUAUUUUCCCUGUGUCACCUAAUUGGUCAACGAGGGCGAAUUGUUUUUAGUGACUUACAAGCCAUUGCACCUGAACAGUACUUCAAACACAUUCAUGAUAAGAGAUACACAGAAAUUCAUGCUGUUGAUAGUCCUGCGGAUCGUAGUGUUGGGAUACAAAUGUUAGAAAGUUUAUACCGGUUUUCUCUUGGCUCCGUAGCUGGAGCCAUUGGUGCUACUGCUGUCUACCCUAUUGAUUUAGUUAAAACUAGAAUGCAGAAUCAAAGAACUGGCUCCUUCAUAGGUGAAUUAAUGUACAGAAGCAGUUGGGAUUGCUUCAAAAAGGUGAUUCGACAUGAAGGAGUGUUCGGUCUCUACCGAGGUCUCCUACCACAAAUUAUGGGUGUUGCUCCAGAAAAAGCAACAAAAUUAACAGUGAACGACCUUGUCAAGGAUAAACUUUCUGUCGAUGGCAAAGUAUCUCUUCCAGUAGAAAUUUUAGCAGGAAGCUGUGCCGGCUUCAGUCAAGUGGCAUUUACGAAUCCUCUGGAGAUAGUUAAAAUUAGACUUCAAGUCGCUGGUGAAAUUGCCGGGGGCCAGAAACUCAAAGCACUGACGGUUGUUAGAGAACUAGGAUUUUUUGGACUUUAUAAAGGUGCCAAAGCGUGCUGGCUGCGAGAUAUACCAUUCAGUGCUAUCUAUUUCCCUGCUUACAAUCAUAUGAAAAAAUUCCUCGCUGAUGAUACCGGGUACAACACGCCUUUGUCGUUAUUAUUAGCAGGCUGUGUGGCUGGUGUUCCAGCUGCUGCUUUAGUCACUCCUGCAGAUGUCAUUAAAACUAGACUCCAGGUUGUUGCUCGACAAGGACAAUCAACUUACACGGGACUUUUAGAUUGUGCCGCUAAAAUAUAUCGUGAGGAAGGUCCAAGAGCAUUCUGGAAGGGUGCCGGAGCUCGUGUUUGUCGAUCCUCUCCCCAAUUUGGAGUUACAUUAUGGACUUACGAAAUCCUUCAGCGGCUAUUCUAUGUUGAUUUUGGUGGAACGCGUCCAAGUGGCUCAGAAUACGAUGUUCCUGCCCAUGGAGUCGCCGAGGAACUGCGCUCAACAAACCCAGACCACAUCGGAGGCUACCAAGUUGCUGUGCCGAUCAUUAAGGGUAUCGAGACAAAAUUUGGCCUUUGCCUCCCAAAAUUCAAAUCCGCUUGAAACUCACUCAGAUAGCUGGAACUGAUCAAAGGAAUGAAACCUGCAACACCGCUCAAACGCUUCCCUGCAAUAUCGUUGCUGGCUGCCAGUGUAUACGAAAACUUUGUCACUCCUUAUAAUAUCUCCGUAUUUUUUAGAUGAUUUGCGAAACCCUCAAUCUGCCUUGUUCGAAAGGUAGCAUGUAUGUUUUAAGGUACUUUUUCUAGUAAAGCAAAUCUAAGAGAUAAAAAUUCACAAUUCUAUCAAAUUGAUAAGCCAUGCUACAAAAUAUCAAUUUGAUUAUGGCGACCUAUCAGAAAGUUUUAAUUGUAGUAAGGAUUAUCCAAAUUGAAAUGGACUGCAGUUUGCAAUGAGGAACUACAAUUUCAGGCUCAUUUUAGAAACCACAUAUGUGCUGUCAGUUCCCCUAUGCAGAUAGGUAUUUUUACGUAAGAGCUAGAAAUUGUAGUUCCUUAUUGCACAAUGCAGUCCGAAUAAGGACCAUACUGCUGUGCUAUGGAAAAACGCCUUAUGAACAUCCAAAUGCUUCCAAAUUUUCCCCUAUCAAUCAUUAAUUUCCAAGGAAAUGUAUAAAUAUUUUUCCUUUUAAGUUUCAGAUUUUUUAGAUUGAAUGGCGAAUGAAAUUCUCUGAAAAAUUGGGGGAAAAAUAUACCCAAGUUCCUCUAAAAACUCACACUUUAUCGAAGAAAAUUUAGCAAUGCCUGAAGGAGUGAAGGCUCAUACGUCAUUUUUCCUUAGCGCAGCACAAACUGAGUAGGGCCUUGGGUUUUUUAAAUUUUGCUCGUUUGGUUCUCAGCUGUCCAAUUUUUUGUUUUUUCAACGUGCCAUAAAAUUUUUAUAGAUGAACAAGAAAAAUCAUUCCCUCCUCUGUUUCUGCCAAAUUUAUGACUAUAGUAAGAAAGUGACUUUUUCUUUCUGUUGAACACAUGAAGCCUCUUGUGCUUGCGUACAUUCCUCAGAGCUAAUUGAAUUGUUACUAUCUUCAUAUCAUUACAUUGAGUUGGAUGAAUAUUUCAAUGGGAAGUAAUCGUUAAUUCGUUUUAUGAUUAGCAGUCAUGUAAAUAUUCUUGUGCGGAACAAUCUCGUGCUUCAAUGAUUCCUUUUUGCCCUCGAGCAUCACGCAUCAUACA